CCCCGCUCUGAGGUGAACAGUCGACUUAAUUUAAUUUAAAUUAUAUGCUAAAUUUGAACACCCAGAGUGGUUUCUAUAGGACACGCUGUUCAUGAGUGAUUGUUUCUGCAUCAGCUGUAGACAGACUUGAACUGACAAAUCAUGGCGUCGAAGGAAAUAUUACUGGACAUCAUAGCGUCCAUUCAGAGUAUACCCAAGGAAGAAAUCGAUCCAAACAAGAGCUAUUUUGAAAUUGGGGGCAACUCGAUCAAUGCAGCAAGAAUUCUCGUAGGAUUGAAGAAGAAGGGACUUAAGAUAAGCAUGCCUGAUUUCCUGGCUGCAACUUCUUUAAAUGAAUUGGCCGAUAAAGUGAAAGUAAUUGGUGAAAAGGGGGUACCGGCUGCUGCUGCUGCUGCUCCUGUUGUCAAACCAGAACCAAAAGCGAUGGAUAAGUUCUCUAAAGUAUACUAUGAGACUGAUAAGUACGCUGUCGUUGAUUUAAAGGAGUGUGAGGACAACGCGAAUGGUAUCGAAUAUAUGACACACUCAUUUGGCGUCAGAGAUGAGAUGUGUGUUGCGCUGAAUCCCAAAUAUGAAGAUAUGUACGAAGCAUUUAAGAAUUGCUGGCCUUAUACCUUAGGAGCGAACCUAUCUGUUGGUAUUGUGAACAAGAAAUCCGGUAAAAUGGUCGCCUGUCAGAUGAAUUAUAACUUUGCUACGUACGACACCGAUUUCGAUUUUGGAUCAACGUUCCCCGAAUGUAUCUUACCAGUGUUUUACAUGAUAGAGAGUGUUGAGACGCCAAUGAAGAAAGAAACCAUUGAGAAACAUGGAGGAACAUGGCUAUUUGAGUUCAUCUUUGGUACCGACAAGACACUAUCCCACCAGGAGAACCUGGAGCUAACAAACAUCGCAUGUGCAUACGCCGAACCAUUCGCCAAGGCUAAGGGUCUUAAAGGGAUUGCAAUAACUGAUACUAACCCAGUUACAUGUGCAUUGGAUGAACUCGAACACAAUUAUAUCAAAGUCAAGAGUAUUCAGAUGAACCAAUGGGAAGCCGAGGAUGGAACGAAACCCUUCCAUAAACUCCCAGACUAUGAAGUAAUAACAGCACUGUACAAGGUCGUUAGUUAACGAAUGUUGAGGACUUAAGCAAUUGCAAAGAACAAUCAGGUUCAAAUAUGUUAAAGUAUUUUGAUGUCACAAUUUACUUUUAAACCAAUUACGGUUUUAAUUCGUCAAAAUCAAAUUACAAAUAGAUAAAUGUAUUAUAAAGGUAUGUAAAUGUAUUAUGCAUCGAAAUGUAUUAUAAUCAAAAUAAACGAU